UAUUAAUUCCUUGACCUGGUUUAAUUUGUUUCCCAAGUGCCGCGCCCCGCUUUCUUUGGUAUUGAGCUUUACCAUACUACCUACCGACUUUAUUUACUCGCAGAGGAAAGCUCAAAUACUUAUACGGCCAACAGAAAUACCAGUUCGACGCCAGACAUCAUUACGGGGAUGGCAGGCCCCGUGAUAACAGAUGAGAAGCUCGCGGAAGGAUACCAAGGCGAAACGAAGCCAACGCCAGAUCUAGAAGUUGGAAAUGCUUCUCCGGAUAUCCAACCAUCCGUCGGCACAGAUGGUCCAGAGGAAGAAAAGACAGAACGACAUGUCUCAGCGUUCAAAAAAUUGGGGAUUCUGGAUCGCUUUCUAGCUGUCUGGAUCUUCCUUGCUAUGGCGAUAGGGAUUAUUUUGGGGAAUUUUGUCCCUAAUACGGGCCCGGCGUUGCAGAAGGGAAAAUUUGUCGGGGUCUCGAUACCUAUUGCCAUUGGAUUGCUGGUGAUGAUGUAUCCGAUCCUUUGCAAGGUACGGUACGAGACUCUACAUCGGACACUUCUCGAGAAAUCGCUCUGGAUCCAGGUCCUAUUCAGUCUGAUAGUGAAUUGGAUCAUAGCUCCCUUGUUCAUGCUGGCGCUAGCCUGGGCCUUCCUCCCUGAUGAGCAAGGAUUACGGGAAGGGCUUAUCAUCGUCGGUAUCGCAAGAUGUAUUGCAAUGGUCCUGAUCUGGACUGGACUCGCAGGUGGAGACAGCGAAUACUGCGCCAUUUUGGUCGCUAUUAAUUCCAUCCUCCAGAUGGUCCUGUUCGCACCGAUAGCACUUCUCUUUAUCGGAGUUAUUGGAAAGGAUGACGAUCAUAAUUCGAGCAAUUACUCCAUCGCUGCCAAAAGCGUUGGUGUGUUCCUUGGAAUCCCGCUGGGCGCUGCCAUCAUAACCCGAUUCACACUGCGGAAUAUUUUUGGAAAGGAUUUCUAUCAGAAGUUCUUGAAUUUCAUCGGGCCGCUCUCACUGAUCGGGUUGCUCUUCACCAUUAUUAUCCUUUUCGCCUCGCAGGGACGCCAUGUGGUGCAUCAGAUAGUGUCCGUCAUCCGCGUUGCGGCACCCCUGAUCGUCUAUUUCCUCGUCAUCUUCUUGACCACUUUGUGGAUAACACAUCGUCUCGGCUUCGGAUACGAGCUUGGAUGCACUCAGAGCUUUACUGCUGCGAGCAACAACUUCGAGCUCGCUAUUGCCGUGGCCAUUGCCACGUUUGGGGUCGAUAGUGACCAGGCCCUCGCUGCCACUGUUGGCCCGCUUGUGGAAGUCCCAGUCCUUCUCGGGCUGGUGUAUAUCGUCCGCUGGAUUGGCAGGCGAAGGAAUUGGUAGACAUGCUGAUCAUAAAUUUUGAAUGUCGAUAG